CAAGCUUCCUGUUUGUUAUUUCUCAACCUUUUUUUUUUUGUUUUCCUUGACAUAAUCUCCAACUCAUUCAUUUAGUCUCAGCGAACCACAAAAAAAGAAAGGAACAAAUUCCUCAUUAGUUUUUUCUGUUUGUCGCUUGUCAUGGACCAACCUCAAAGUCCCUUUUGGGCUCAACCCACAAUAGGCCUAGGAAACGACUAUGAUUUUGACGUAUUUCCAAUGGACAUAGGAGGUCCACGCAAGAAAGCGGCCAAUUCAACUGGUUUAGUUACUCAGCUUGUUAUCUCCAUCGCAUUGGGUCUCUUCGCGCUCCUUACUUUCUGCACACUACGAACUCGUUGGGUCGCAAUGUUUGCUCCUCGAUCAACGCUUCGCGGCAGACACGCACCCCCUAUUUUACCUCCAACAUUCUUUGGGUGGAUCCCAAAAUUGAUAAGCACCACUGAAAAUGAGGUGCUUAAAUGUGUCGGUCUUGACGCUGUGAUGCUUCUUCGCUUCUACCAUAUGAGUAUGAAGCUAUUUUUUUGCUUAAUGAUCCCGGGUCUAUUGGUCAUCUUACCCGUGAACUAUUUUUCGACUAGGGACGGUCACGAUCCAACGGAUCCUGAUGAUGGGUUUGACGAGUGGUCAUUGUUGCAGAAAGUGCAAGGGACAUCUCUUUUAUACCUCAUGACUCAAUUUACCUUCACUUGGGUUUUCUCUCUCAUUACUCUCUACAUGAUCUGGCAAACAUUUGAAGGCUAUAUUAUAAUCCGUCGCGAUUAUAUUCUCGACCGUGUCCGUUCCAUCACUCAUCGUACAGUUAUGGUUAUUGGCUUGCCUCCAAAACUUCAGAAAGAUCGUGCAUUGGCGACGUUUUACGAAUCAUUAGGGGCUGGAGAAGUUGAGAGCGCAUAUGUAUGCCGAUAUGUCGAAUUACUAAAGCGUAAGAUCGAACAACGUGCUCACGCCUUAAUGGAGCUGGAGGGAGCCUAUACUUCAUAUUAUGGCAAUCCAUCUGAUUUCCCGGGCUAUGAUCCAAACAAGAUAAUGGCGGAGAACGAUCGCUACAUGACUGAAGAUCACGCCACUGGCACAGCCACAGUGAUUGAGGAUCAACAUGGCAAUGACGCGAACCAACCCAAGGGCAAGAAACGACCAACAGAGCAUCUUGGAUUUUUGGGUUUGUUUGGCAAGAAAGUAGACAAGAUUGAUAAACGCAGAGAGACUUUUGCCGCUCUGGACAAGGCCGUACAAAAACUACGCAAGUUUCGCGAUUUUCCUACCACCAGUGUUGGAUUUGUGACCUUUGAAGAAAUCCAUUCUGCUCAAAUCGUCGCACAAACAGUCAAUACAAAGGAAACACUCACAUGCAGGACCAUUCUUGCUCCAGAGCCCCGUGAUGUAUACUGGGACAACCUAAAAAUCCCUCACACUGAGCUUGGUAUCCGCUCAGUGGUCGUCAACACGACUGUCUUCUUCCUCAUCUUCUUCUGGUCAGGUCCUAUUAGUAUUUUUUCGUCUUUCUUAAACCUGGAGACUUUGGAGAAGCUGAUUCCCGGUGUCACCAAGGUUGCUGAGGCCAGCCCUGUUUUGAAGUCAGUGAUCCAAGGUUUUCUUCCCACUCUCGGAGUAACCAUCUUUCUAGAACUCGUCCCUAAUAUUUUGGAAGUGCUGUGUAUAAGACAAGGCAUUCAAUCGCACUCUGGAAUGGCACGUUCACUCUACAACAAGUACUAUACGUUUAUCCUCUUCAACGUAGUCCUUGUCUUCACAAUUGUUGGAACCUGGGCCCAGGCUUUCAACAAAGUUUACCAUAACUUGGGCGAGUUCACACUUCUUUUGGCUGCCUCCUUACCUCGUGUGUCGCCCUUCUUUGUCAAUUUUAUCAUCUUGAAGGGCAUUGGUCAAUUUCCACUUCGGUUGUUGCAAAUCGGCGAUGUUUUUCGUCAGACCUUCCGUGGUAUCUUCUCAAAAACGCCACGUGAUUAUGCUGAGGCUCGUGCACCCCCAAGUCUCAAGCAUGGAGAAGUUUAUGCGAAUUCAACUCUGGCUUUUGUCAUUGUGCUGAUCUAUUCAUGUAUCAAACCUAUCAUUCUCAUAUUCGGGGCUGUUUUCUUUGCUUUCGGCUAUCUCGCAUUGAAGUACCAGUUACUUUAUGUUCUGUUCCAUGCGUACGAGUCCGGCGGUCGAACCUGGCCUAUGGUGUAUAACCGCAUUAUGGUGGGUCUGCUCAUCUUCCAGUCAACCAUGCUUGGUCUUCUUAUGCUCAAGCAUUCGUAUGUCUUGGGGUCUCUAUUAGCGCCACUUCCAAUUGGAACCAUCUGGUUCUGGUCAUGGACUUCAAGAAAGUAUCGAGAGACUGCGGAGUUUAUCCCUCUAGAGAUGCUUCAUUCAAGGGUAGCCAAGAUUCAGGGUUCCGCACAUGAAGCCUCAUCGGCAGCUACGGGAUCAUCAGCCCAAGGCCCUGGACAUAUCUCGAUUAACAUGGACCAACAUAACCAAAAUGACCAGAAUAAUAAGACGCCGGUGAAGCCAUCAACAAAUGGAAGUGGGAACGAAGUCUCAGUAGCCAGUGCCUCUGUUACCAUUAAUCCAGAAGGUACUCAGCAGCAGCCGACUGAAGAAGAUGAUUAUCCAGUUGUUCCGAAUCGGUAUACAGAUUAUAGACAACCCCCCAUGACGUUAUAUCCUGGCGUAUUAAACUCUGGAAUGCGAUUCUACAGUGAUCCCGCGGUAUCAGGACCUUUGCCGACGCUCUGGCUGCCACUCAAAAAAGAAACUCUUAGUAAGAAAACACUUAUGGACGAAGAGUCUAGGAUCGGCGCUCAUUACUCAGACUCAGAUUCGGAUGAUGAACAUCACAUGCAUGAACAUCUGGAGGCAGCUCUGGCUCGACCACCUUUCAUGUUGCCUACCCAAGGGUCAGAUAUGCCUCAAUCCUAUGAUGAGGGCGAUAACCUCGUAGGAGGUGGACAGGAUGAGGAUCUUUCAAAACUGCCUCCUGAUCUAAAGAGUAAAGCAACAAUAGCGACGGCGGGGACUACAGCGAGCACAUCAACGGGCUCUGCAGCAGGUCGUGCACCUCAGAGUACUCCUGAAGGUUCUCAGGCUGAGUCGCAUGUAGAAGAGUUAGCAGAGACAGUAAGUCAAGGCUCUGCAGUUGAGGGAAUUAUUGACGUGUAUUAUCAUCAUCCAGAAAGAAGAGCGUCUAAAAAAGAUCCUAAUAAUCGCGUGCGAACUGUACAAGGCCAGGGGUCUCAUCAUAGUCUUUUGAAUCAACAAAAGGAUACGAGUUCUAGCACCAGUGCUGGCGGAGGAGCUGCUGCCUCAUCCUCGGCAGCCACAGCCUCCAAGUAAAUAAUUAAAUGCCUGCAGUUUUACUUGGUUGAUCACCUACAGGAUAUCAUUUGCAGACCUCAAUACUUUCGUUUUAUUAUGUACGAUGUAUAAAUAGUCACUUGUUUGACUUUUUUAUUUUAAUUAUCAUAAAAAGAG